AUGGCGUAUCACUUUGACCCGUACGCGACGGCCCGCCGGCCCAAGGCCAAGCGCAGCGGGUGGGACGACGAGGUCGAGCAGGACCUGAGCAUCUCGCGCAAGUGCGAGCUCGGCCGCUGGAUCGAGUGCGGCAUCUGCGUCGACAAGGCCGGGAAGCACUCGGUCAUCCAGGCCGACGCCGCCUUCGGCCUCAAAAAGUGGAAGCGCCACAUCAACGGCGCCUGCCACCUCAAGAACGCCGGCCUUGCGCCGCCCGAGCCGCGCCCCGCGCCGAUGCUACACGCGCUGCCGAUCGAGCCGCCGACGCUGUUAGAGGCGACGCCGACGAUGCGCUGUCCGGGGCUCUACGGCGGCGACCCCAAGUACCUCGCCUUGAUGGUGCAGUACGGCGACAUCAAGUCGGAGCGGCUCGAGAUUGUUGCGACCAUGGGCGGGAUCGGCGCCUUCUCCAAGCAGUGCACCAAGGCUGCGUACGAUGGCAGCGCCCACCGCAAGAAGACGUCCAAGCACCAGAUGAAGACGGCGUGCAUGGCCUGCUACGAGCUCGCGGGCGACGAGCGCGACAGCUUUUGCAAGCGCGUCGACAACAUGGAGCGCGUCGACAUGGUCCUCGAUGCGAUGCUCUCCAACCACAAGGGUCCGUUGGCGAAGAAGGUGAUUGUCGACUUUACAAAGAGCAACACCAAGGCGAACCCGAACUGGAACUACCUCCUCGAGAAGGCCAAGCUCUUCAAGGCGGCCAUGAACUACUGA